AGAUUCUAUAUUUCCCGCAUAAGGAUUUUUUGUAGCCUAAACCUUAAACGUUAUUGUAAAAUAAUUUCAAGACUUUACAUUUUGACUAUAUUGACUCAUAGUUAAAUUAUAACAAUUAAACUUCAUUAUUAGUUAUAGCAAAAGUAAUUUUUAAUCAAAUUGUUUCGCUAACUUCACGAAAACGUAAAUAUGGCAACCUUAUUGCCAUAAUUAACAAAUGUUUUUGUUCCUGUUUGCCUUAUCAAUAAUAAAGUUUUGGUCAAGUGCUUGUGAUAAUUUUAAAAUAGUGUUUAUGUUAUAAAAUGGCAGCUGAUCCGGAAAAUGUUGCAAUUGAAUUGGCAAACUUGAGUGAGGAGAUUCGCAGUCUCCGUCUAAAAUUGGCGGACAAAACACGCCAACUUCAAGAUUUGCAGGUAGCUCAACAUGCAAAUGCAGCAGAUAAUGUGGCCAGCGAAGGAGCAUCUAAUAGUAUUUUCACACCUCGAAUUAACGAUUUAACAAAUGAUGAAAUAGAGCGUUACAGCCGUCAACUGAUACUCCCUGAUUUUGGCGUUAUUGCACAAACAAAGCUGAGAGACUCUUCAUUUCUUAUUGUAGGAAUGGGCGGACUAGGUUGCCCAGCAGCGCAAUACCUUAUUGCUGCGGGAAGUGGUCGCUUGGGCUUAAUUGACUAUGAUACAGUUGAUCGGAGCAAUUUACAUAGACAAACAUUGCAUACUGAGAGAACUAUUGGUUUGCCGAAAGUAGAAUCAGCGAAACGUGCUUUAGAGCAAAUUAAUCCCAACUGCCAAAUCGAUUUGCACAAACUUAUGUUGGACAGCAGUUUCGCGCUAGAUAUUAUUAAGCAGUAUGAUGUGAUUUUGGAUUGUACAGAUAAUGUUGUAACACGCUACUUGCUAAACGAUGCAUGCGUACUUUUAAAUAAGCCUUUGGUGUCGGGCAGUGCUUUGCAAUUCGAUGGCCAGCUAACUGUUUACCAUUAUGGCGAUACAUGCCCAUGUUACAGAUGUAUCUUUCCUGUGCCACCUCCUCCACAUGCCGUAACAAACUGCGGAGACGGUGGUGUAAUGGGUGCUAUCACUGGAGUAAUUGGUUCUAUGCAGGCCUUGGAAGCAAUUAAAGUUGCCACUGGUGUGGGUGAAACACUUGCAGGAAAACUACUAAUCUUCGAUGGUAUAAAUGGUAUAUUUAGAAAUAUAAAGCUACGUCGCAGGAGUAGUGAUUGCAAAGUAUGCUCAGAGAAUCCAAUGAUUACUCAACUAAUCGACUAUGAACAUUUCUGCAGCAUGCACGCUUCUGACGAUAAUCAACCACUUCAGCUGAUUCCAUCAGAGGAACGUAUAGAUGUGUGUCAGUAUAUCGAUAUGCGAUCGCAACCUCAUCUUCUAAUUGAUGUGAGACCACAAAACGAGUUCGAGAUCUGUCGUCUGCCGUCCUCUGUUAAUGUGCCUCUGAAGGAAAUUUUAGACAAUAAAUUUAUAGAACGAUUUCCUAAUGAAUUAGCUGAUGAAAAACUGCCGAUAAUUGUGCUUUGCCGAAGAGGCAACGACUCCCAAAUAGCCGUUCAACACAUGUGCAACAAGUUUCCAUCUCAUACGAUACGUGAUAUUGUUGGUGGCCUUUAUGCUUGGCAUUACAGAAUAGAUAAAGAGUUUCCAAUAUAUUAAUACUAUUAUUAAGCAUAUCGUAUGUGUAUAUAAAUUGUGCAUACUAUUCUUAUUAUUGUUACGCCCUUGAAUGUAAUAUCGUCGCGCCAAUGUUUGAGGUAUUAUAAAAAAUAAUUUUUAUUUUGAAAAAAUAAAGACAUGUAUUGUAAAUACUAUUUUCCAUAAAAAAUCUUAGUAAAAGUUUACUUUUUUUGGCUUCUUGUUGCUGCUGCUGGUUUUUGCCUAAAUGUUAUGAGUCGCAAUACAUUUAGUGAUGUCCAAUUGAGGAGCAAAGGCGAAAAUAAAUGCUCUCUAUAAAUAAUGGAAAAUAUAUAAAAUAUAUACAUAACAUAGGUAUAAUACGGCAGUAGAUGUAAGCGUAAACUUCUCCUACUAUCGUUUUUUUAUCGCAGCAAAAGUGGAGAAAACAUCGCUACAUAGUUGCAUAAUAUCAAUUUUAGGAAAUCCCCAUUAAGUCAUUCUGCAGUGUUAGCUUAUUACAAUUGGUUGACUAUUCUCAACUUUGCUUUUUGAAAAAUUCCAUUUACUAUGAGUAGUUGUUGAUGGAAGUUACUCAAAUACUUUGCGUGUUUAUAACUUCUGAACAUAAGCACUUGCUUUGGGGUGGCAGCAAAUUAUUACAUUACAAACACGGUGGAGUUCGAAACGACGAAAUUAUGAGUGCGAAUACGCUUAAGUUGAGUGGUUUAUGUUGCUUUUGUGAGGACAUGCGAGAGUGUGCGAAAGUAGUGUGGUGGCGAUUAUGACUUGUUGACUUGCAGAGACUAAUCGUAAUUUCCCAGUAACCCUUCUACGGCAUUUUUAUUGCUUAACUUAAAAUGAAUCGCAUUGGAUCAUCGUUUGCCAAAAAAAUUAAAACAAGAAUA